UGCAAAGAGCUUGUCGGUGUGAUCGAGGCGUUACUUAAUUUUGCAACGCUGGUCGAAUGACGGAUUCGUAAAGGGAAUGUAGCCUCCAUUAUAAAGAUAACUUGUAAACAAAAUAUGAUGAAAAGUAUUACGGUGGAAUGGCCGUUGCUUUGGUGUCAUGUUUCAGUUCUCUGCUCAGCACAGCAUUCAGCCCAACCUGAGACUCGGCAGGUGAAAGGAAUCGUGGGAAAGUCUCUCUCUUUUCCAGAGGUGUUGAAGUCUGGCAGUUUACUUUAUGGACACCUUGGCAACAUUGCACACGUGUACCCUGGUAAACAAAGUAAUACCAACCUUGUGAAGAGAUUUAAAAACCGCCUUCACUGGAACAAUGUUACUGGAUUCUUCACUUUGACGGACCUACAAAUAGAUGAUUCUGGGGUUUAUACUGUGGAGAAUGCAGAUGGAGAUGAAGAGAAGACGACACAUAUAUUCCAGCUGACUGUGUACUCUGUUCUGUCCAAACCUCAGGUGACGGUCCAUGAUAACAUCUGUAGCGUGGUGUGUUUUGUGAAGAACGGGAGAGAGUUGACCCUGUCCUGGUACAGAGGAGGGGAGAUACUCAACCAGACCAGCAGCCCUGACUUCAACAUCACCCUCUCUCUACCGCUCAAGGUGGAUGUACAGACCAGAGACUCUUACAGAUGUGAGGCUGCCAACCCAGUCAGCAAGGAGACAGCUGUUCUUCAAAAUUCAUGUAUAGAGAGUGAUCCAUCUAAGGUGAUAGAUGGUGAUGAGAGGACUCGGGGUAUGCUUAUUAUUGCUGUAAUCUGCGUUCUGGUUGCUUCAGGACUUGUUGGACUUGCAAUCUAUCUUAAGAAGAGGAGAAACGGUCACUCACAUGCAGAUAAUCCCGAAAGAAAGCAAUGUGACAUUCAGUACGCAGAGAUAACUCACAUUAAACCAGCAGAAAACCAGGAGGAGCGAACAGGUAUAGCAGAAGUGGAUCCGCUUCGAGACAACCCUAACCUGACAUCCGUUUAUGAUCAAAUCCAGUUAUAUUGCAUGGUGGACAGCAAUGACGUCGACAGACAAAUGGGAAGAGAAGAGAAAACAGGAUGUUAAUGAGAGGGUGACGUGAUAUUUAACAUCCAAGAGAAGGCGUUACAUCCUAAAAAGGGCGUUAAGACAAAAUUAUAGUAAAUAUUAAUCUCAAACUUAAUGGAGGCACAGUUGUAACUGGACCAUUUUACUAUUGUGUUGUUAUUCACAAUUCACUGGUGUGUUUGCUAUGCUAUUGCUGGGCCAAAGCUUCUUUUCAGUAUUGUCUAUUUUGUUGUUUAAAUGUAGGUGCCUCCCCUGUAUCUUUUUUUUAGCUGGUCAUUGUUUAGCUUGCCGGUGGAGCAGCUGUGUACAUAAAAAGAAGAUGUUUGGUGAGAUGAAAUCACCUACACCUUAGACGCAAUGGCUGUUAGGCUACGUUGGAAACAAAGUCCACAAGUUAAUUUUUCCUUUCACAAUAUAGAUCAUAUUGAACAUUUCUGAGGAGUAGAUCUUCAUUUGCAUUUUGACUCAAAGUGAUAUUUGGUGACAUUUUACUCUUAUUGCUUUUCGCAAAAUGCAGACGUGACUAAGUGUAGUUCAGAUCUUGCUUUGACGACAACUGUGUUCACCCAGUUUCAAUGUACAAAAUCAACAGUUUAAGUUUAUUUAUUAUUAUUGCUUGUCCUUAUCUAGUUACACAGUAUGUAGCUCAUCGUGUCUUAAGAAUACAAUCACUCCCUCCAGCACGCUCCUGUAGACACUCCCAUCAGUGCAUUUUAUGCUCCGUCCACGUACAGCAUAUAACUGUGAAAAAAGACCAAAUCUACCGAUACCAUAGUGAGUUGUUGCACUGGAAGAUAUUUCAUUUUUUAUACUUUUCUAUUUUAGAGUAGUUACUGAGACUGAAUAUGAAGAUAAUAUUAUUCACAUUUCCUGAUUCUAAAAUACAGUAACUGACUUAAUUGAAACUGAUAGUUUUGUACUGAGAUUUUUUUUUGUACUGAGUUUCAAUAUAUCAAGUCAAAGACUUACCCCUACAUUCAAUAUAAAGGUAUACAAUCUGGGAAAUGUCCUAAUGUUAAAUGGUCAUCAACCACCUCUUCAACGUGUAAUUUACUUACCUUAUAACAACCCAAAAUAUGAUUUAAAUUUACUCCAUUGUUUAUAUUUUUGUUGUCAUUUUUAUUUUUGUAAAUUAAGAAUGUACUGCUACAACAUACCUCUGAAAACUGUCAGUCGUUGCAGCCAUAGCUGCAUUCAAUAGUUUGAGAUUGGCAUAAUUUCUCCAGACACACACAACCUCCAGAUUCUGGUUUUAAUGUUUGACCUAGAUAGUUUGUGUGUAUGUAUUGAUAUGUAGGCUGUGUGCCUUUUUUAAAUGUAUGUAGUUCUGUCUUGUUGUCUAUUAAGGGCAAACCGUGCCAAUAUAUCCUCCAAACACCGGCUUCGGGAGAAUUAUCACUUUUAUACAACGGGUUACCAACAUAUUUAAAUAAUGAUUGACAUAUUUUCAUUAAAUGUUUUAUUAUGAUCAAUUUAUUAAUACUAUUUCAUCCUUCCACAAAAUAUAGUCCGAAACAAUUCAAGGAUUGCUACCCAAGCCGGCUGAUCGUUUGUACUCUUGAUUCCGGUUGCCAGAGACGCGACCCAGUCGUUCAGUCUUUUUGUUCGUUGUAAAUGUUCCAUUGCCAUACUGGCUGGCAACGUUCUUUUCCCUUGCUUGCUAGCUAGCCAACUACGGCUAACUUACAGUGACGUGAAACAGUGCAGACAGAAUAACAGUAGCUGCAUUUGUUUAAGCUGUUUUCUAGUGACAUUAUUUGGAUACAUCCAUAACAUUGAGCUAAAGAGGUACGAUUUCACCUGGCAUAGAAAAUGUGCUCACUCGUCAGGACACUAGCCAACAACACACCUAACACAAUAACAUCCAACAAACUCAAAGACUGCAAAAUAGCGGCACUUUGUUUCGUUUUACAGUUUUUCAAUUGACAUUUCUUUGUGGAUAUCCAUAAAAAUGAUGCCAGCUGAUUCAUGAUUUCGACUAGAGAAACGCUGCGUGCCUGUCUCGUCCGGACUCCCGACCCCCUACACGCCCAUUACUAUGGGACAGUUGAAGAUCGAAUUUGACUAUUGAAACAAUAUUGCAUAUGUCAGAGAGACAGACAGCAAGGUUUAUACAAAUCUCUGCUGUUGAAAACGAAAUAUUAGUCUAAAAGAAUUUAAUGAGUUAAUGUCUAGAUGCUUUUUGUAGUGGAGAUCAAGUUUGUAAAUUGCUUGGCUGAUGAGACAGUGGAUUGCGCAGUCAGAUGGAACAGAGUAAAUAGACAUUUUAACAUCAUAGAUUUAGCCGGUGGUAACUUGUGGAAUAGACACCACCUGGAAUACGUAUUUAACCAAUCAGCAUUCAGGAUUAGACCCACUCGUUGUAUAAUAUGUCAUGUUGCAUGUUUUGUGUGGACCCCAGAAAGAGUAGCUGCUGCUUUUGCAACAGCUAAUGGGGAUCCUAAUAAAUGACCAAAUACCAAA